AUGCUGCCGCUCCGUCCCGCGCUGCUGCCCAAGCGCUACCGCGGCGGCUCGGCUCCGCGCUCGCGGCCGGGCCGCGCGGCUGCCCGAGCGACCGCGGCAGGAGGAGGAGAAGGGCGCGGCGGCGGCGGCAGCACCGGCGGCGACGGAUCCCCCGCGCCGGUCCCGCGGGGCGGCCCUGGGUCGGUGCGGGUGCCGGUCCGGCGGCGCGGGCCGGGGUCGCCGCGGGCUGCCCGGAGGGGGGCGGAGCAGGAGCCGCCGCGCCCGUGCGCGCGCUGGCCGGUAGGGGCCGCUGCCGCUCCCCGCAGGGCGCGGGGGGGCGGGGCCGGCGGGCGCGGCGCGAGGCCCGGUCGCGCGGCGGCGGCGGCGGCGUCGCUCCUGUUGGCCCAGCCGGCGGCGGCCAUGGCGGCCGUGCUGUCCCCGCGCCUCUGCGACAGCGACCCGGCCACGCCCGGCGCGCAGUCCCUCAAGGAUGACACAGAAGAAAAUUCCAAUGAUGGAAGCCAGCCAUCCAAAAGGCGGCGUAUGGGCUCAGGGGACAGUUCUCGAAGCUGUGAAACUUCCAGUCAAGACCUUGGGUAUAGUUAUUUUCCUGCUGAAAAUUUGAUAGAAUACAAAUGGCCACCUGAUGAAACAGGAGAAUACUAUAUGCUUCAGGAACAAGUCAGUGAAUAUUUGGGUGUGACUUCCUUUAAAAGAAAAUAUCCAGAUUUAGAAAGGCGAGAUUUAUCUCACAAGGAGAAACUCUACCUCAGAGAACUAAAUGUUAUCACAGAGACUCAAUGCACACUAGGUCUAACAGCUUUGCGUAGUGAUGAAGUAAUUGAUCUCAUGAUUAAAGAAUACCCUGCCAAACAUGCUGAGUAUUCUGUUAUACUGCAAGAGAAAGAACGGCAGCGAAUAACAGAUCAUUACAAAGAGUAUUCUCAAAUGCAGCAGCAGAACACACAGAAAGUAGAAGCCAGUAAAGUUCCAGAAUAUAUUAAAAAAGCUGCCAAGAAAGCUGCAGAAUUCAACAGCAAUUUAAACCGAGAGCGGAUGGAGGAAAGAAGAGCCUAUUUUGAUUUACAGACACAUAUUAUCCAGGUGCCUCAAGGAAAAUACAAAGUCUUGCCUACAGAGAGAACAAAGGUUAGUCCUUAUCCAGUGGCUCUCAUACCCGGCCAGUUCCAGGAGUACUACAAAAGAUACUCUCCAGAUGAACUUCGUUACUUGCCGUUAAACACAGCCCUUUAUGAACCUCCUUUGGAUCCGGAGCUGCUGACGCUGGACAGUGAUGGAGAUUCAGAUGAUGCAGAGGAAGGGCGAGGUGAUGAAAAAAGGAAAACCAAAGGCAAUUCGCCAAAGGUCAUUCCAAAUGCUAUAUGUGGAAUUUGUCUGAAGGGUAAGGAGUCCAACAAGAAAGGAAAACCUGAAGCUCUUAUACAUUGCUCCCAGUGUGACAACAGUGGCCACCCUUCUUGCCUUGAUAUGACCCCGGAGCUUGUUGCUAUGAUUAAGACUUACCCUUGGCAAUGUAUGGAGUGUAAAACGUGCAUUAUAUGUGGGCAGCCUCACCAUGAAGAAGAAAUGAUGUUCUGUGAUGUAUGUGACCGUGGUUAUCACACUUUUUGUGUGGGGCUUGAUGCUAUCCCUUCAGGUCGCUGGAUUUGUGAUUGUUGUCAGAAAGAGCCUCCUGUACCCAGAAGAGGAGGAAGAAGGGGGAAAAACAGCAAGGAGGGCUAAGAAAGCCCUAAAAACUUGCUGUCCAAAACUUAACUGCACAAAUUAAAGUGAUACUCUGGUGCUAUUUAAUCAACCACUCUAUAAGAGGAGCAAUACCACUUUUUUUUUCUUUUUACUAAAUAAACUUUGUCUAUAUAGUGA